CCAUCCCACCCAUCCAUCUCAUCCGCCACACCAGCCGCCCUCCUAUUCAGCACAUGUGCAAUCUGCAUCUCAGUCAACCUCGACAGUGAGCGCUCGUUUUGCCCCAACCAGCCGCGAUCGAAUUGAUCUAGAGAAGAGAGAAGAGAGAAGAGAGAAGAGAGAAGAGAGAAGAGAGAAGAGAGAAGAGAGAAGAUGAUUUGCACUUUGCUUUCUGUCUGUUGGUGCAUGGGGUUGUGUCGGGUCGGGUCGGGUCGUGCAUGGUCUCCGUUUCCCGAAACAUGCGAGCUGCCGAUCUGUACUCUCCGCGGAAACUACACGGCCCGGCUCCAGAGAGCUUUCGAGAAUCAAAGUCUCGAUUCAGUCUGCGGGCAGCCAACUCGGUUGGACGGAAGACGUUCUGGAGGCGCAAGCGCGCAUGCAACCCUUGUCCCGAAGUUUUUUGAUCGGUCGACAGCGCUUGGUAGAUGUGCCUACAUGGCUAAGCAGAAUCGAGACUAUGCAGAUACCGAGACUAUGCAGAUACCGAGACUAUGCAGAUACCGAGACUAUGCAGAUACCGAGACUAUGCAGAUACCGAGACUAGGCAGAUACCGAGACUCUGUUCCGACAGACGCGUAGCUGUUGCAUACUGGUUUCGAGCGCAGUCAAGAAUGCAUAAUAAUGCAGAGAAGUGACGCUCAAACUACCGACGUCUUUGUAGUUGGGCAUGUCUAGCAGUAGACGUA